GAACACAGCGGCUGCGCUGACGUUGCGCGGCUGUUCCCACACUUUUCUGCGCGCCGCUCGUCCGUCUCCUCCACCACACCCGCAUCUCCAAGCCAUGGCCUCUUCCUCUUCACUCGCGCCUCUAGUGCUUCCCGGCCAGCCGCUGCCCAGCAGCAGCGGCAGCAGCGCAGCGCGUGCCGGCGCCGGCACGUAUGUGCGUGGCGCUCACAUGCUCUCGUCGCUGGUCGGGCGGCCCGAUGCACGAGGCGGCGUCACCGGGCGGCCCUCUCGCUUCGUCGUGCCCUCUCCCUCCUCCAUCGUGCUAGGGCGCAUCACGCGCGUCACGCCGCGCCAGGCCACGCUCUCCAUCACCGUCGUCGAUGGCUUGCCCGUCGCUGCCGGCGACGCAAGCGCGGCGGGAGAGGCCAACCGUGCGGCGGGCGAAGAUCCGGCGGGCGCAGACUUCACGGGCGUGAUUCGGCAGCAGGACGUGCGCAUGACGGAGAAGGAUAAGGUCCGGUUGGGCGAUUGCUUCAGACCGGGAGAUAUCGUCAGAGCUAGCGUGAUCUCUCUCGGCGAUGCGCGUUCCUACUACCUCUCAACAGCAGCAAACAACCUAGGCGUCAUCUAUGCGCUGCCCUCCCUCGCGCUAGGCGAGGCAGCACCCGAGAUGGGCACCGAGGCGCUCGCGCCACUCGAGCCGGUGAGCUGGAACGAGAUGCGCGAUCCGCGCUCCGGCAAGACGGAGAAGAGGAAAGUGGCGAGACCGGAGGGAAUCUGAUGCCGCGUCACUGUUGCUGCGCUGCGCUUGAAAGGAGCGGCCGGUGGCGCAUUGCGUCGGCGAGAGAGGAAGAGUGCGGUAUGCGUGCAUUAGAUGAGAUGGAAAGAUACAGUGGUGCA